AUGCUAAACUCUGAUAAUUUCAUUCUCACUAAUGGCUCAUUGCUUAAUAAAGUCUAUAAAGAUCCAGAACCUUUCUAUAUUCAGCCAGCAAAUUCACAAACAACACUUUUAUACGUACAAACUUUCGAAAUUGAUCAAUCAUGUAGUACAAUUGAUUUCGUUCUUAAUUACUACAAAGAUUCGGUUCAGAUAACAUCAGAUUUAAUGAAAGACUCAAAAUCUUAUUGUAUUGCUUUUGCAAGCUCUUCUUACAUGAAUUAUUACUUCUACAAAGAAUCUAUGACAAAUGACAUCCCGUAUAUUUACAAUUCCUAUAAUACUUAUUCAUAUGCAGUUUCUUUGUCUUAUUACAACACUUAUUCAAUAGGAAUGACAAAAUUCUGCAUAUUUAAGCUUACUACAGGCACUCUAGAACAUACAGGAUCCGCUGGAUUAAGUACAAUGUCUUUUUAUUCUGGAUCAAGUACAAAUAUCGUAACAAACGGAAUUUAUUACUAUCUAGGAGUUAGUCAUAUUCUCCCUCAAUCAAUUAACUCUAAUUCUGAACAAGAAAGAACAAUUAGUGUAAAUAACGACUAUAUACCACUCCAACCAGGUUCUUACAGCCUUACAUUCGCAUCAGGACAAUCAUAUCUUGUUAACUCAUCAUCUUUCGUUAUAUUUCAUACACCAAAAUCAAAAAAUUCAAAUGAUGUCACAGUUACAGCGAAAUCUGGCAAGAAUUCCAAGAAAAUAUUGGGAGACACAAACAUCUAUGCCGUUUUCUACGAAUCUCCUGGCCAAAUUAUACUCAAUACAACUAAAAAAUAUUCAACAGUUCUUAUGACGGUUUUUUCAUCGACAAACAACGAUGAAAAGUGCGACUCAAGAAUUGUAUUGCUCGGAAAUACAUCACAGACCAUUAUAACUGAUAAUUUUCCGAAAGAAUAUCAACUUGAUGAAUUUUUCAUCGCAAAAAAGGACAAACACUACUGUUUUUAUUCAGCAUUUGUACCGGGAUAUGUAAAUAUUACGACAGAAGAGCUUGGAUCCCUUUCUGCGACAACUUAUGAUACAAGUGACUACUAUUACUCAACGUAUACCUUAAAUAUAUACCGCUAUCCUGUCUUGUUUAUUGUCAGUCGUAUUUAUUCCAGCUCCGAUUACGGCGCAUUUGUUAUUUUUUCCAAAAGUUUUGAAUAUGGCUACAAAUCUGCUAUAUUAAAGGACGAUUCGAAGGCAGAUUCGCGAUUUAUAUACAUAUCUGACUACGAUCCCACAAAAUACAUUAUAAUUGGUGUUAUUUGCGGUGUUAUAUUUAUUAUUUUAAUUGUUUUGUGCAUUGUUUGCUGUUGCUGCAAGAAGAAAAAGAAAGUUACUGGAGAGAAUGAGAAUUGCUCUUCUUCAUCAUCUUCUGAGAACAGAAUUCGUGUAAGUUCUGGAGGGAACCACAUUUUAUACAGAACUCCCCCUCAAUAUCCUCACCCUCCAAAUUUGAACUACGAAAUACAGCCUCCACAGUACAGUCCUGAGCCAAUCAACCCGUAUAUGGCUCCUGUAAUCCCAGAACAACCAAGAAUGUACUAUCCUGCAAUAUCACAAGAAGAUUCAAACUUGAAGUUGGAUUAUGUCAAUGGACCAAUACAUGAUCCGAAUGGAUACAUACCACACAGCAUUCCUAACUCAGGACGAGACCAAAUUUAUCCCCAAAAACCAGAUAAUAUUGUAACUAAUCCUUAUGAAUAA